AUGUUCUAUAGACUUAUGAAUAUUUGUUCUGUUUUUAAUUUCUUGAAUGUUAAAUGUUUGAAAAAUUCGCCAACAGUUAAUUUUCCAUUAAAUUAUGCAAAUUUGUUUGGAAAUUAUUUUCACUCUGGGUCUACAACUCAAGAAUAUUCAUUCAAAAGUUCUGACGCCUCUGGACUUUAUAGACGCAAUUAUGUGAUGCAAAGAAGCCUUAGAGGAAGUGAAGAAUCUUUAAGAUUUUAA